CAACAACCGUCUACCUGUUCGCAACCGUGAUUCAGUAGAGAGAAAGACAAACACCUCACAGGGUGAGCAGAUCUUACCUUCUGAAGGCUCUACAUUUUCACUCAGGUGAAACUGUCAUGGGUACCUUUAACACCAUCCUUGCUGUCCUUCUCUGUAGCUGUUUUUUUACAGUGACAGAUACAGUCAACGAAGUACAACCAAUUACAACCGGACAAGUUGCUCAAAUAGAGAAAGGAAUUACCCUGUCUAAAGAACUCCUCAAAGGUCUAGAUGACGUGGCCAAGUUGGUUACAAAAUCGAAAGAAAUAACUGAUACAAUCCAAAAAGUCCUCAAAGUCUUUGAUGUGUUUGGUAAAAUUGCUUCAAGUUUUGGCUUCAUAGGUUCACUGGUUAGUUUAAUCUUCGCCUUCAUUCCAAAAUCUGAUCCAAUGUUUAACUUCAUGAAAGAACAGUUUUCUGAGGUCAACCGGAAACUUGAUUCAGUCUCCUUGCAAAUUUCCGAACUGCAAACAGAAAUGGAAUGGACGAACUACGCAAGCGCAUAUGGAAAAGACGAGAAUGCCAUCAAAAACUCAUGGGUCAAGCUGAAAGAACUAAUGGACAACGGCCCUAUUGCUAAAACAAAGGAACAAAAACUCAGACUUGCUGAACAGUUCACUUCAUUCUAUACAACCACGGGAACAGAGAGCAGUGUUGCGAAUCUGUACAGAUACAUAACUGAGAGCAGUGCAGUCAGCCUUAAUAAGAACCUGUUGCAGCUUGUCAUUGAGAAGUCAAACGGUGAUUUAAAAGUUUUGACGCAGUACUCUUCCUACUUUACUGCGCUCAUGGUUUCUGGGCUUCAGAUGAAUGUCUAUUACUACAAGCUAAAGGGCUAUGAUGCUGAAAAAAAGGCGAAAGAGGCGGGCACUCAGUUAUCCAAUGCCUUAUUAGCCAUACAGGAUGCCUUAAUUCAGUGUGCUGAUGAUUUUCCGUACUGGGCUGAAAAGGAUGCACAGAAACUUGGCACUGAACGAUUCUCAGAUACCAAGCAGCUAGCUGCACGCAUUAACAAACACUUGGAGCAAAAGUUUUUCUGGUAUGAUUGGUUCGUAAUUGCCCACUCCAAUGAUGCUAAGAACGAGUUUUCUUAUGGACAAUCAAUCAGCUUUACUGUUCAAGAAAAGACAGUGGUUCACCUUAUUCAUCGAGAAAAGAAUGCCACUCCCGAUAAAACUAUUGUGAACUACGUCAAAGAUUUGUCUCUGGGAGUGUGUAAAAUGGGAAGGCUGCAGGAGCCAGGACCUAAAGUGGAUUCAUACUUCAGGAAAGCCUUCCAGUAG